AUGAACUGCCCAUCGCGGACCGACGACGAUCUCGAGCACCCGGGCUGGAAUCAGAACCCCCCGACGCUCAGCCCGGAUACCACGACCCGUAGUGACUUCAAUGGCAUCGCCAACUCCCGGGUCCAUCGCAAGCGGGCCGGCAACGAUGGCAGCGCCCUUGGGGACGAUACAAUGUCCGUCGAUUCCAGACCGCAGAGUUUGAACGAUCCCGACCCCGCCAACGAGAAGACCGCGGACGGUGAUGUGAUCGCGGCUUCAGGGUGCCCACCACCCUCGAAGACCGGCAGAUCACCUCGCCGUCCUUUCAAAGAAUCUCUCUCCGAGUUAGCUCUGCACUGCGGGCGCAGCCUGGCCAAGUUUGGCCGCUUCAUCGGUCCCGGGUUCCUCAUUGCGGUCGCCUAUAUCGACCCGGGAAACUAUGCCACAGACGUUGCGGCCGGCGCAGAGUUCAAGUACGCUUUGCUCUUCAUUGUUCUCCUCUCGAAUCUCUUUGCAAUCCUUCUACAGUCCCUAUGCAUCAAGUUGGGUACCGUGACCGGCCUGAACCUGGCCGAAAACUGUCGCGAGCACCUGCCACGCUGGUUGACCAUCAUUCUGUACCUUUUUGCGGAAGCUGCCAUCAUCGCCACCGAUAUUGCAGAGGUUGUUGGUUCGGCGAUCGCUCUGAAUUUGCUUCUUAACAUCCCUUUAGUCGCAGGGUGCGCCAUAACCUUAGCUGACGUCCUCUUCCUUCUGAUUUUCUACCGCCCCAACGGCUCAAUGUGGGGUCUACGCCUUUUCGAGUUCUUCGUGAUGGCUUUGGUGCUAGGUGUUGUUAUCUGCUUUUGCAUUCAACUCUCCCUUAUCAAAGAUCAAUCUGUGGGAGAAGUGUUCCGUGGCUAUCUCCCGUCGUCCGCGAUUGUUCAAUCCGAAGGUCUUUAUCAAAGUUGUGGUAUCCUUGGCGCCACGGUCAUGCCCCACUCACUCUUCCUUGGCAGCGGCGUGGUUCAGUCCCGCUUGAAGGAAUUCGAUGUCACUUCCGGCUAUGUCGAAUCUACAGUUCCUCUGGGCAGCGCUGAUGGCGAGGUCGAAUACCGUCCAACCCUGCAUGCCAUCCGGGGCUGUUUGAAGUAUUCCAUCAUCGAGCUGGCAUUGUCACUCUUCACAUUUGCCCUCUUCGUCAACAGUGCCAUCCUCAUCGUCGCCGGUGCCUCUCUGUACGACGUGCCGGGUGGAGCUGAUGCUGACCUUUUUGGAAUCCACAAGCUCCUCUCUUCUUCCAUUUCACCUGCUGCCGGCUUGAUUUUUGCCUUGGCUCUGCUGCUUUCCGGUAUAUCUGCCGGAAUUGUCUGUACCAUGGCAGGACAGAUGGUAAGUGAAGGUAUGCUGAAGUGGAGUAUUCGGCCCUGGCUUCGCCGAGUCAUUACUCGGUCUAUCAGUAUCAUCCCCAGCAUCAUCAUCGCUGCCGCUGUUGGUAGAGAAGGCCUGGACAAGACCCUCACUGCCAGUCAGGUUGUUCUCAGCGUCAUUUUGCCGUUUGUCUCUGCCCCUCUCAUCUGGUUUACUUGCUUCAAUCGUUACAUGACCGUGCCCGCAGAGCAGACAAACGGGGGUGACGGCGAGGUUUCGGUGGAGCAAGUCUCGAUGCGGAAUAACAUCGUCACCUCUGUCAUCGCCGUUCUCGUUUGGCUCCUCAUCGCCGUGAUGAACGUGGCUCUGUUGGUGCUCGUGGGGAUGGGCAAAGCAUCUUGA